GGAAUCUGAGCUGUACAUUCAAAAGCAAGCCAGCAACCAUUGAUGGAUUGAACAAACCAACGAACAACCUACGAUCUACAUGUAUGUAUAGCACAAGAUCUGAAGAUACUCUUUCCAAAUUUUCAGCCUAGUCAAAAUCUUCUCCACCUGUUAUUUCCACCCAUUUUCUCGGACUCUCUCUACCUUCCAUUUUACCAAUUCUUUGAUUCCUCUUAUCCAUUUUCGAAUCGGCACACUUUUUGGCGCAAAUUUUGAGAAGAUGAAGGAGGGGACGGGGAAAGUGGCAGUGGUGGCGGCGGCUGUGAUAGGGGCCGCGGCGGCAGUGGGAGUAGCGGCUUAUAUUGUCAGGCAGCGGAUGAAGAGCUCGGGGAAAUGGGCAAGGGCUUUGGCGAUUGUGAAGGAAUUUGAUGAGAAAUGUGGGACUCCAGAAGGGAAGCUUAAGCAGGUGGCCGACGCCAUGACGGUGGAGAUGCACGCAGGAUUAGCCUCCGAGGGCGGAAGCAAGCUUAAGAUGCUCAUUAGCUAUGUAGAUAACCUCCCUACUGGUGAUGAGAACGGAGUUUUUUAUGCAUUGGAUCUCGGUGGAACAAAUUUCCGUGUAUUGAGAGUACAAUUGGGAGGGAAAGAAGUUGGUAUUGUUCAUCAGGAAUUCACCGAGGCAUCAAUACCCCCAGCUCUGAUGGGUCAAACUUCAGAUGCCCUUUUUGAUUAUAUAGCAGAAAAACUUGCAAAUUUUGUCGCCGAAGAAGAACAAAGGUUUCAACAACCUCCUGGUAGGCAGAGAGAACUAGGCUUCACUUUCUCGUUCCCUGUCAUGCAAACUUCAAUAAACUCUGGUAAUCUCAUCAGGUGGACAAAAGGCUUCUCCAUUGAUGAUGCGGUUGGCCAAGAUGUGGUAGCUGAACUUACGAAAGCCUUGCAAAGAAAAGGUGUUGAAAUGAGGGUGGCAGCUCUGGUGAAUGAUACAAUUGGAACAUUGGCUGGAGGCAGAUAUACCAAUAAGGAUGUUGCUGUUGCUGUUGCUGUGAUAUUGGGUACUGGAACUAAUGCAGCAUAUGUAGAGCGUGCUCAAGCAAUUCCGAAGUGGCACGGUCCCCUGCCUAAAUCUGGAGAGAUGGUUAUCAAUAUGGAGUGGGGUAACUUUAGGUCAUCCCAUCUUCCAUUGACGGAGUAUGACCAUGCAUUGGAUGUCGAAAGUUUAAAUCCUGGUGAACAGAUAUUUGAGAAGAUAACUUCUGGCAUGUACUUGGGAGAAAUUUUACGCAGAGUUCUACUAAAGAUGGCUGAAGAAGCUGCUUUCUUUGGUGACGAGGUUCCACUGAAACUUAAAAUUCCAUUUAUAUUGAGGACGCCGGAAAUGUCAGCAAUGCAUCAUGACACGUCCUCUGAUCUUAGGGUGGUGGGCAACAAACUGAAGGAUAUACUAGAGAUAUCUAAUACCUCCCUGAAAACAAGGAGAGUUGUGGUUGAGCUCUGCAACAUUGUGGCCACGCGUGGGUCUCGGCUUGCAGCUGCCGGGGUUCUGGGCAUCCUAAAGAAAAUGGGACGGGAUACUUUGAGGGAAGGAGGUCCACAAAAGACUGUCAUAGCCAUGGACGGUGGACUGUAUGAGCACUACACUGAAUACAGUAAGUGCUUAGAGAAUACAUUGCGAGAGUUACUCGGGGAGGAAACUGCAUCAAGCAUUGUCGUCGAGCAUUCAAAUGAUGGUUCGGGCAUUGGUGCUGCUCUUCUUGCAGCCUCCCACUCCUUGUACCUUGAAGAGAAUUUGUAAGAAAAUUCCCCACCUUUUCCCGAGAAAACUGCAUCCAUCAUGAAGCUACUAUUCGUUUAAAUUUCGCGAUUGCUUUGGAUUUAUUUCCAAUUCUUUUCCAUAGUUUAGGAAUCCAAUAUUUAUCUGGAAACAAUAUAUACCGAAUUAGAUAUAAGUGAGAGGAGCUGGAAGUAGCCUCUUCUCUUCCAAUGAGAGUUUUUUAUUAAUUCAAGAAUCUUUAGUUAUUUUUUGAUUUCAUCUGUCAUAGAGUGCCUCAAUUUAUGGUCGAUUUUUAUGACAUAUGCAAUGGGAAAAGAGAGAUUGUGGAAUA